GAGUUUAUGUGCGUGUAGCUCACACGUCACAUGCGUGUCAACACUACGAAUGAUACAGUCUUAGCAAGAAAGUCAACUUCAACACAAGAACAUUUAUUUUGUUGAAAAAAAGGGGCGCCGGCAGCGAACAAAGGAGAGUGUGGUUUAGGGGACGCUACUGCGAAGCGGGCGAAGUACAAUGCAAUUUUCACUCUCCCCGCCUUGUGUUACGUCCCCUCAGCCAUACUCUGAGCCUCCUUUGCCCCGCCAAACAUGAAUAGUCAGCAGUUCAUGAUUCCAGCAGUAGAUAUAAAAUGUGUUGCAGAACCUAACGAGGAAAAAGCGAUUCCUGUAUGCGACGAAUCUUUGCUGAAAGCAACGAAACAAAUCCACGACACAUUUCGUGACUAUGGAUUCUGUUACCUCACCAACCACGGAAUCCCGACAUCUAUUGUGAAUGAUAUCUUUUCUUCCUCCAGAGCUUUCUUUGAACUUCCUGUCAGCAUCAAACAAAGAUAUGCACGUCCUAUAGAAACUAACCAUGGGUGGGCAGCUUGUGAGAGAGAAAGUCUCAAUCCUGAGCGUCCAUAUGCAGACAUGAAAGAAUCUUUCAACUUCAGCCCUUGUGAUAAUGGGCAAUGGCCCAAAGAAGUUCCAGAAAUGAGAAACCAUUUUGUACAGUUUUAUGACUGUUGCUACACCCUAACAAAGCAAGUUCUACGCCUGCUGAGUCUUGCCCUGGAGAUUAAGGACCUUGACUAUGUAGUGAACUGCCAUAAACUCAUUGGACAAAAGGGAAACUAUACUACAUUGAGAAGUCUGUAUUACCCAUCUGUUGGCAAAGAUCUGAAGGAGGGUCAGAUACAGUGUGGUGAACACUCUGACUAUGGCACUAUCACUCUCUUGUUUCAAGACAACACUGGGGGUCUCCAGGUGCUAGGGAAGGACGGACUCUAUCAUGACGUCACCCCUCUGCCUGACGCCGUGCUGGUCAACAUUGGCGACCUCAUGCAGCGCUGGACGGCAGACAAGUACCCUGCUACGAAACACCGAGUGAUCGUUCCUGAGCAAGCACUGAAGGAGGGACGCUCCCGACAAUCGCUCGCCUUCUUUGUCCACCCGGAUGACUCCACCCUCAUCUCAUGUCUGGAUGGCUCCUAGCUAUAUCCGCCCAUCACUAGCUAUGACUACCUAAAGCAGCGCUUUGAGGCUACCUACUAGGGCCCCAACCAUCUGGACUACCCAAAACAGCUAACUACCUCAUUCUGUGUUAAGGACCCACCUGUGCCCAAUAAUCAGAAGCCAUCAUAAGCUAAUAUAGUAUCAGGUGAUGUUGGUUGCAUCAGACUGUGAUAAAGACGGGGACAAGUGGAGAUAGAGAAAAAAAAAACUGCAGAAAGAGAUACAUAGACACCAAUUUCUGGAUCUUUGCGGGUUUGGAUUGUGAUGCCCCUUUCUGUCAUACGUCAUCAUUACCUACUGCCCAUGUAUCUUGCAUGUAUCGUGUAUUGUGCUCGGCUGUGUGUGCGCUAAAUAAAUCCUGUCAUUAUUAAAAGUGCCUUUGCUUAGCGAGACUCUAUAUUUUAAAUAAAAUUUUAAAAUAACA